CUAUCUGUAUGUACGCACCUAGUAAUCACCUACCUGUCUAUCGUAGUACCGGUAUCUGUCCAUCUAUCCCUCAAUGAGUUUACCAUGUACCAAACAACUACAAAUAAUACCGUACGAUAUUGAAGUUUCCUUACCUCCCUUACCUACCAACGGACUACACCUACCCAGGCGAACCAGGUAUCUACUAGGUAGAUGCAACAACAUUCCCAUCCGUCCAUCCAGCCUACGGGUGUCGAUCUUACCACUACUGUUCGUCAUUGACUCCAGCUCGUCCAGUCUACAUCAACACCUACCCAGGUAGUGUAGUAUGUAUAGUCGCAUAGUAUAUGAAUUCUCUCUCUUGCCUCGUUGUUCAUUUAGCUAUACUGGGUCUUGGCUUCCUAAUUCCUGAAAGAUUACUUUCUUCUCCAAUCCAAUCAUAUCAAGAAACUUCAAACUUUCUCACUAUCCACGCUCAGGCAUUUAUUUAUCUCUUUGCGAUACAAUUGUGGUGGAAUUUGGCUACAAUACUGGGAUCUCGCACAAAAGUUUUCAAACUUUCCCUUCUCCAUUGACCAAAGUCGAAUCAAAUCGAAGAAUAAGACUUGAGUGGAUUGCCCGCAUCUUUCUUUGUGUCCUUUGUGCAUGCAUCGCUGUGUCAAACGUACAUUAACAAAAAAAAAAAGUCAACCCUCGAACACACGAACGAGAGCUCAAGCUCACUCAGUGCCCUUGUUUACCUCGCUUCAUACGAUAUUAUCUGCAUUGCGACUUCACCAAUUGAAGCGCGAAUUGGAUGACAACGAUAGCUUUCUAACUAUCGUCGCUGUUGGCUGGAUUGUACGAUAUUGGAAUAGUACGAAAGUGUAAAGAGGGACUUGUAAAUAGCUUUAACCAUAUAUUUCUCUAUAGACUGACUACAGGACACCAUCACCUCUUUGAACCACCUCCAUUAUCGUCGAACCAUAUCUCUUGGAACAUUCUCUCCACACACACCAUAUUAACUUUACCACUGCGAACAACGGAUUGGACCAACCAGAGGCUAACAUCCAAUACUCGAGCCUUUUCUUACUCCUCCUCUUCCUCGUCUUGUUCUUGUUCUUCUUCUCCUCCUUCUCCUUCUUCACCAAUAUUGAUACCCUGAUACUACAUAUCAAAUCAGUUUCAUAUCAUCUUUCGUGCCUCCUCUACAUCUACACUACGUUGUACUUACCUGGCUGUAUUGUACAAUUUAUCAAGAUAAGAUACGAUUACUGUGCGUAUCUGUUCCUCUCGACCUCGCAAACCCAAUUGCUUUGCUUUACUUUACUUUACUUUUGCUUUGUCUCCGGCUGCUUUAACCUUCUCAUUCUUCGAUUGCCCACUUCGAUUUCAAUCAUCAUACAACACAGACCACUCAUCAGCCCCAAAAUCUUCGCUUGUCAUUACCGAACCGGUCUGGCUCAAUUCAUCCAGCUUACUUACUGAUCAAAAGCAGCAGGAGCCCAGUCUUUCAACUUACAUUAUCUUUGGUACCCCAAAUAUCUUAUUUGGUCUACUUCCCUUUGACCAUCUUCGACCCUCCACAACUCAACCCAAAUUUGUGUGGUCGAGUUUGUCAACAACAAAACACACAACAAGAAUGAAUAAAUUAUCAAACCUCGGUCGCGAUAUGAGGCACUGGUCAGGUCCAGGAUUUGGCAUGUCGCGACAAAAUCAAAUGAAUGGCAUGUCCUCAAUGCCGCCUCACACAAAACCGACUCCUUCACCAGCGCUGGCACCAACCCCUGCGGACUCUACUAUCCACUAUUCAUUCAAUAUCCCCUUCGCUUCCGAUCUCGCCGGUCCAAAUACUGAGGAUAUUCUUUACGCCACGGUCAAUGCUGUCCUGAGAUGGACACAUCCCAAAGACGCGCCUGAUGACAUUCCUGUGUGGAAGUUGCCGGUACACACCUCAAAUAUCGAAAUUCUCUCGAAACUUUGCGCAGCUAUUACCAAUGGACCUUUGCCCAUCUUGGCGGAUGUCGCUGUCACCACGCCUAAACGUCCCACUGCCUCCCCAGCACAGGUUACAACCGUCACUCUCUCGGGAAGCCCGGAAUUGGUACACAAGAGCAGAGAAACAAUCCUAAAUGAUACCCCUAUCGCCUUGCGUUGUGCAGUCAUAGAUGUUGACGGAGACUUGAUUAUGGAUUCCGCGAUCUCAGGCUUGAGACAAUCUGUCGUUGAACACUUAGACAAAGUUGCCGCAUUCUGCGGUGUUGAUAUAUUCUUAUUAGGUCCAAAAUUUCCUUCGUUGGCCGAUGGACUCAGUAGCAAUGGCGAGGCAGGAAGGGAUCAGCGCUGGAGGAUAGCAGUCUAUGGAGAUAUGGAGAGCGCUGAACACGGAAAGACUAGAAUAUUGGUCUACAUUGACAGACUACUUGGUCGUGUAGCUGAUGUAGCAUCUCUCGAGCUUUCCCUUCACACUGUCAUAUGUGGACGAUCCCGAAAGAACAUCAAGAUGAUCGAGUCCUCUACUAACACGGCUAUCUAUUUUCCACCUCCCUUCUCACAGGUUUACAAGUACUGCCCAGAGGGUGCUCAGCGACGAAAUCCCGAGGAGAUUUUCAUUACUGGUGACCGAGCUGAAAACAUAGCCGCAGCUAAAAGCAGAAUUCACGAGCUUGUUAGAAUGACGAGGCUCUUCAUGAAGGAUGCCCAUGUGACUGCCGCCAAGAUCGACAGCAUUCUCUUGACUAGAAUGGACAAGGUUCGUAAAAUUAUGGAGACAAACGGAACAUUUAUCCAGUUCCCAGCUCUUGCUUCUCAACGUAGCAUGAUCAGAAUCCAAGGGAUUGAAGGCCUCCACGUGGAACGAACAGUCCGGGAGCUCAUGCUGAUGGGAGUACAAUUUUACAGCGCGUCGUGGUGGAUCCAACAGCCACCAAAUCAGCCACCUCUACAACCAGCUCCACCUCAGUUACGAGCAAUGUUGGUAGAUAUCUGUUCAUAUUCUUCAGCAGAUGUGACAUAUGAUAAACUACAAUGGACAAUUACUGGUUCUGACGAAGCUGUCAAAGAUGCAUUGACUAUCAUCAGCAAUAUCCCUUUGAACAAGCGAGGAUUCGCCUAUCAAAUUCGAGUCAAGCUUGAGCUAGCAAAUGAGCACAAGGAGUUUGUUAGUGGCAAGAAGAAUGGAAAGAUUAACAAGAUCAUGGGCCAAAGUAAUGUCCAAAUUAUAUUUGACGGAUUCAAUGAGUACAACUUCAACAUUGAUGUUUGCGGAAACAACUACGAUCAAAUGGUUACCGGUCUUAAUCUCGUCGAGCAAGAGAUGCCAGCCCAAAUAUCUUUCCAUGUUCCUGAUCAAUACCACAAGCGCAUUAUCGGCAUUGGUGGUCAACACAUCCAAAGAAUCAUGAAGAAGCAUUCAGUUUUCGUUAAAUUCUCCAAUGUCAUGGAUCGUGGCGGACCCAAUCGUGAGGAUGAUGAUAUCAAGGCCGACAAUGUUAUCUGCCGAACUCCAGCUCGUAAUGCUCAAAACCUAGAGCUUGUGAAAGCCGAAAUUCUCGAUAUGGUCGAUCGGGUUGAUUCAGAAUUCACUUCUCAGACUGUCAAUGUUGACCGAUUGUACCAUCGAGAACUUCUGACUCGUCUUGACCAAAUUGAGGACUUGGAGAAGAAAUGGAACUGUAAAGUUCUCUUCCCAAGUACCGAGCAAGCUAGUGAUGAUGUCACAAUCUCAGGACCAGAAUGGCAAGUACCACAUUGUGUUGAUGAGUUCCUUGGCAUGGUUCCAGAUAGUCAUGAGCUUGUUUUGGCUCGCACUCCGGAGCUCUUGAAAUUUUUAAACUCCACCGAAUUCAAAACAGAGAUGGUACCAAAGCUCAAGUCCCAAUAUGUGGUCGAAGUCCAAGUCGAUGAAAAUUCCUCUGAGCUUACCGAGGAUAGUAAACCAACAGUCAUCCUUCUCUGGACUUUCACCAGAAACAAUGCAGGCGGAGUUCGAGAUGCAAUCGAAUUCUUGUUCUCCAACAUUGCCGCAGCCGGUAUUGAAGUUACCACUGUCAAGGGAACAAUUCCUCGUCCCAAGUCCGACUCCUUCGAGGAAUCCUUACCAUUUUUCAAUUCUAAACUCUUGCAGCACGCUCCUGCACCAAUGGCAACUGAUUCACCAACCAAGUCUUCGUUUGGUGAUGAUGUUGCAAGGGAAAGGAGCAACAUUUUUGAUAAGCUUCGCAAGCCUGGUAGCAUGUCAUCAAUUUCUUCAUUCUUGAAUGGCCGCAAGAAUAGCUCCCAAUCUCCCGCCGGUUCUUUCUUCAGGAACGGGUCUCGUAAUGCAUCAAGGACAUCUUUGAUUUCCAUCGAGUCUACACGAAGCUUCAACGCAGACCGUAAUCCAUGGAACGAUAGUGGUGUCAACUUGCCGGACGAUGACACCACACCAUGGCCAACUCGCCAAUUUGGAACUGGCAGUGGCAGUAGCCACGAUAACAAGCACCCACACGGGCAUCCGGGCGAUGCAACACCAAGACAUAGCAUGAGAGCUUCGACCGAUAGCGGUCGCCCUUCAACUUCUAAUUCUACAAACUCAGGAUACCCCGGUCCAAUUGGACCACCGCGUUCUUAAGAUAUCCACAAAACUAUUCCCUUAUUUCCUAGAUUGUCUUUAAGUAUGUCAAUUUCGACGUACACAAUGGCUGGAUAUAUACCCUGGCGCGCAAUACCCCAAAUACCACUUUUUUUUUUGGCUGCUUUGAUUGUUUUUCAUCUCUCCUUAUUCCAGUUUGAUCUUUCUCUCUUUCUUUUCUGGGCUGUUUUGUUAUUUGUGUUGUUUGCGUUUACCGUGCUCCAACUUUUUUGAGGUGAAGAGAAAAAGCAUGCGGGCGCUCUCAGAGACGAACAGAAGACAAGACAUUUAGAAGAUCUUUCUUGCGUGCUUGACUAUUCAUGGGAAUAUUAAGAGGAAAUACCUAUUUGCUUUUAGGGGCGUGGGAUUGAUUUUUUACUUUUCGUUUUGCUUGCUACAAUAUCCUCUCGACUUUGGUUGUUUUUCGCGUGCGAUGUGCUUGGUAGGGGUUAACAAACAGGUAAAUGGGUGCAUGGGACUGUGAAUUGGAAGAUGGUUUGUGAUGAGGGGGUGAGAGAUGAGGGACGAGGGACGAGGGAUGAGGGAUGAUUUUCACACUCUUUUUGUUUUAACUUUGGAUGGAGGUAUGGGAAAGGAAGAAGGAAAGGAUAUGAGGGUGGUGGCUUCAGUGACAUCGGAAAGCGGUUUGGUGGGUCCGCGAUUCUGCUACAAACAGACAGCGCGAGGUUCCAAUUUGGGGAAUCUGGUAUGGAUCGACGGUUUGGGCAUCAGAAUCAUUCGUUAUAUGUAUUUUGUGGGUGUAUGUUAUGAUACCCUAGAGAUGAGUCGUUGUACGUUGAGAAAUUGAAAAGUUUGCGAGAAUUGGAGUUGUUUUGGAUAGUUAUGAUGUGAUGUGAUAUGAUCUCUGGGAUAGG